AUGUCCGCUGUGUACGAGUCCCAGUCCGAGGUCGACGCCGACAAGACCGCCGCGCCGUCUCUCGAUCUCGAGAAGGGCGGGAGCGACGGCGACGUGCACUCGGACGGCCAUGACGAGAAACACGAGUCUCAGUCCGGUCAUGGACAUGGACACCCAGAUCAUGACUUCCGCGCAGAGGAGCGCGACGAUAUUCCAGCUGCAGUCGAGCCUCCUCAUGUUGCUGUGGGCGACUACCCCGACGGCGGACUCACGGCUUGGCUUGUUGUCAUUGGGGGCGCAUGCUUGACUUUCUCGACCUUUGGAUUCGUCAAUACGUGGGGAUCGUUCCAGGCGUACUACGAGGACGUUUUGCUCAAGGGCACACCGUCAUCGACGAUUGCAUGGAUCGGUUCGGUGCAGUACGCCCUGGUCUUUCUUCCCGGUCUCGUCUUCGGCCGGCUCUUCGACAUCGGAUACUUCAGGAUCCCCUUCCUGAUCGCAAGCGCCGUUCUCAUCAUGUGCACGUUCCUCGUCGCCGAGUGCACCCAGUAUUGGCACUUCAUGCUUUGCCAGGGACUUGUCAUCGGAUUGUGUUCUGGUGUUCUCUUCGGGCCAGCUAUGGGUAUCAUCGGUCACUGGUUCAAGAGGAGACGCGCUAUCGCUCUAGCGAUUGUCGCUCUUGGCAGCUCGACUGGCGGGACGGUCAUGCCAAUCGCGUUCGGCCGACUUGUUGACGAAGUAGGGUUCAAGUGGACAAUGCGCACCCUCGGCUUCGUCCUCAUCUUCACCCUCGGCGUCGCAAACUUGACGCUAAGGCGUCGUUUGCCGCCCGUAAAAGCCCACGGCGGCCUCUUCAACUUCGCACAGUUCAAGAACCUCGCCUUCACGUUCUACACGAUCGCCGGCUUCGUGUGCUUCCUCGGUCUCUACACACUAUUGACUUACGUCCAAGCAAGCGCACCAAGCCAAGGCGUCGACCCAAAACUCGUACCCUACAUCCUCGCGCUCGGAAACACCGGUUCAGCCGUCGGCCGCCUGAGCACCGGCAUCCUCGGCGACAGAUUCGGGAUCAUGAACGUCAUGCUCCCCUUCACCGUCUUCGCGGCCGUCUUCACCUUCAUCUGGCCCUUCAUCCACGGCACCGGCCCCAUCGUAGCCAUCACAAUGCUCUACGGCGUCUCAAGCGGCGCAUUCGUCGCGCUGCUCGCCGGCCCGAUCAUGGCGAUGGGCCCGACGGAAGACGUCGGGAGGCGGACGGGGAUGUAUUUCACUGUCAUGGCUAUCGGCGCGCUUGCUGGGCCGCCGAUUAGUGGGGCUAUUCAUGAUGCUACUGGGAGUUACAAGCCGGUGGGUAUAUAUGCGGGGACGACGGUGUUGGCGGGUGUGGCGUGUCUUGCGACGUCGAGGUGGUUCGUUAUGGGUGGAAGUUUCAAGGGCAAGGUUUAG